CAAGAAUUUACGUAUCACCUGUUAACGACUUCCCAUGAUCCUCCAGAUCUUGCGCCACGCGCUCUCUCAGUGCUAACUCGCAACGGAUCAGAUGGGUCUUCACACUCGACAAUGAGCCAGGAAUACUUCUCACCCAAAGGAAAGUCUCCCUUUGCGCAGGAGAUCGACGGAGACCGCGAUACCGAUGGCGAUACGGAACACCCCGGCAAGUCUCCAGCCGGGUCUUCAACGAUCGUCGACAGACCAGCGUACAUGACGGUCGGCACAGGUUCAACGUCGCAACACGCAGCGCGCCUGCAGACUAUGCUGGACCCAGACUCGGGCUAUGGGGGAAGCAUCGCAGGCGACGGAGUAAGCAGUUCCGCCUCAAACCCACGCGCUUCUGCGGCCUGGGAUUCUGCAAUCCAAGAAGAUAGACCCAUGCCUGUGCAGAGAUCUCAUCCGCCUACCGACGCACACCGCCGAGCCCAAGCUGGAACGGUCCACCAACUAUGGUACAACCAACAUCGCGUGACGUUGGGCCGAUCCAUCAGCCAAGUGGUCGAGUUACUAAAGGGGCUACAACACAUGAACGCCAGGUGGCCGGCGCAUUAUCCCUCCAUCCAGCGAGCAGAGACCAAUGGCCUCACGCGGUCCUCCUCGCGACCAAACUUCCAGCAUGCUUCGUCCAUCUCUGGCAAUUUCGGACCAUCGUCAUCAUCUACGCCACCACCUUUUCUAAAGCGGUCCAUGACUUCUCUUGAAGACCAAGCCGAAGCCGAGUCGAGCAAAGCCGCAGAGAACCGUCCGGCUCCCGAGCCACGACUCGUUACACCACAAAUCGCACAGGAGUUUUCCGUUCUCAAGCUCGACCUGAAGCUCGGCUCGCUCCACCAAACCGAGCUUGUACACUCGUUAGAAAAGGGCUCCAUUGCGUCGCUGUUGGAUGGGAGGAUAAGCUCAAGCAUCAAGCACCUUCUAUCGCUGCGAGAUCGCAUUGAGGACACGUCGAGCAAGGUUUUGAUCACGGGGGACCUCAAUGCUGGCAAGUCGACGUUCUGCAACGCCCUGCUGCGGCGGAAGGUAUUGCCUGAGGACCAGCAACCUUGCACAAGCAUCUUCUGCGAGGUCUUGGACGCGAGGGAAAACAGUGGUAUCGAGGAGGUCCAUGCAAUACAUAAGGACGCUGUCUACGACCGCCACGACGAAGCAACCUACGACGUGUUUACGCUCCCCGAACUGGAGAAGAUCGUUACAGACAACGCCACCUACAUGCAAUGCAAGGUGUAUCUCUGCGAUGUUCGAACAAUCGACGAGUCCCUCCUUAAUAAUGGCGUGGUUGACAUUGCCCUUAUCGAUGCCCCUGGCCUGAAUAUGGAUACCACGAAAACCACAGCCAUCUUUGCGCGGCAGGAGGAGAUUGAUGUUGUCGUGUUUGUGGUCUCUGCAGCCAAUCACUUCACAAUGACGGCCAGGGAGUUUAUCUGGGCUGCUGCUGCCGAGAAGGCCUACUUGUUCAUUGUCGUGAACGGCUUCGAUACCAUCAAGGACAAGGACCGGUGCCAAAAGAUGAUUCUGGAGCAAGUUGAUGGAUUGAGUCCGAGGACUUUCAAGGAGUCUUCUGAGCUUGUCCACUUUGUAUCGAGUAAUGCGGUUCCCACUGCUCCAUUCCCGCCCGGAGGGCCAGGUGGGAGCGGAAGUUCGAGCGGAGGCGGUGGGGGCGACGAUCCUGGCGAUGACGAUGCCAGCGGCAAGGGCAAGGACAAAGAGAAGAUGCGGGAUUUCUCAAAUCUGGAGCAAUCCCUCCGCCGGUUUGUGCUGGAGAAGCGGGCUCGAUCCAAGCUAGCCCCAGCAAAGACCUACUUGUUGAAUAUCCUUAACGACAUCAACACACUAGCAAGUGUCAACGCAGAGGUAGCCGAGUCCGAGCUGCAUCGAGUAACGAAGGAAUUGCAAGAGAUCGAGCCCUUGCUGGAGUCGAGUCAGAAGGCGAAGGCAGAAAUCAGCGACAAGAUCGACAAAACAAUCGAGGAUACCUGCAAGAACAUCUACGAUAGCACCAGAAGAACCCUCAACUCUGCCAUUGAACACGCUGGUGACAAUGCCCUCGGCGUUCCGUACCCUGGUCUGUUCAACGCAAUGCAAUAUGCCGAGGAUCUCAAGGAGGCCAUGUUAUCGCAAAUAGCGGCAUCAGUUACCCACUGCGAAGAACAGGCCCGCACUGAGACUGUCAGCGGUGUGAAUGCCAUCAAGCAGCUCGGCAUCCUGCACCUUGGAGAUGAAUACACCGACCUCAACUUUCGGCCCGACGUUAUGUUCCGCCGCCGGCGAGACGCACUGGCAAGGCAGGUCGACAUCCCCACCGAGCUAUGGGACUUUGUCGACUGGCCAACCCUCAUUCAACGCCAGGAGAAGGUGGCCGGGACUGGAAUGGCGUUGACAGUCGCGACUGCUGUUGGCACGCAACUAAUUGGCGGGUACGGAUGGAUGGACCACGCGCUGAGCGCCGCACGAAUUGUUGGAGACAACAACCUUCGCCGAAUGAUCAUUCCCGGCAUCGUCGUAGCUGCAAUGGCAGCCGCCUACUACGUCCUCAACCAAAUCCCGCAGUCCCUCCCACAGCGCCUAAGCGCCAAGAUCUCCUCCCAGCUGGCCACCAUCGACUACGUACACGCCAACUCGGCCCGGAUCGCCGGCUCCGUGCGCAAGGUCCUCCGCUUCCCGGCCGACUCCCUCCGGGUCGGCCUCCAGCGCUCCGUCGAGCAGCUCGGCAGCCGCCGCGACGAGACGCUGAAGGUGCGCGCCGAGAGCAGCGACGCCCUCAAGUACUUUGGAAACCUCGUCCGCGAAAGCGGCCACCAGAGGGGCCUGGUCAACGGUGUUGAUCUGGAUGCCCAUCCGCCCGGUAUGGAGGAUGGGGUUGGAGGAUUAGACUGAUUCUGUGCACUGAUUUGCGUUUUCUUCUUCUUUUUCGGGCGCGAAGGGGAGGCGUUAUGGUUGUCGGGAACCGCUGGAGAUUGUGGAAAACCCCCCUUCUCAUCAAUGAAACGUUUUAUGUGUUGCAGCAAUGCGAGUGUCUCCCCUGCUCAUUAGCACGACUUGAGGAGGUUGAACAAGGAGCAAGCCGAGGAGGAUGUGGGUACAUAAUCCGGGGAAGGUUGCCUAAAAAGAGCAGCAAGUACACUAGCAGGGUGGAAGGUUGGGAUCUUCACAGCUUAGACGCAACACCCUCGUCUUUCACCUCGUUGCGACUUGGCACGUACAUAUGGAAUUUGGUCUACUAGCUUCCGUAGAGAAAGACAAAAAAAAGACACCUCUUAAUCCUA